ACGAGGGGUAAAAACCGCAGUGGUCUCUCCUCAGUAUUACACCUCUACUGCUGAGCCUGUGCGCCGCCCUCAUCCAUUUCCGUCGAAGGCGCUGAAUCGAAGAGGGAAGAGGGAGGAGGGAAGACUAAUCGAGCGAUGGCAUCCGCGCUGCGAGGGGCGAUCCUUGGUCACGUCCGCGUCCCGAUCCGAACCCUAGACCGGUUGGGAUCCCUCUCAUGCCUUCAGACCUCGAUUCGAUCGAUGUCGUCCCACGGCGACGACCAUCUCACCCGUGAGGAGGUGGUCGAUCGGGUCCUCGACGUCGUCAAGAGCUUUCCCAAGGUCGAUCCCGCCAAGGUGAACCCGGACGUGCAUUUCCAGACGGAUCUGGGGCUGGAUAGCUUGGACAAUGUGGAGAUUGUGAUGGCUCUGGAGGAGGAGUUUAAGCUGGAGAUCCCCGACAAGGAGGCCGACCAGAUCGUUUCCUGCCCCCUCGCCGUCGAGUACAUCGCCGCACAUCCGAUGGCAUCUUGAUUGACGCGAAGCUCGGGGGUUUUCUCAUUGCCUAAUCUUGUAAUUUCAUUCUAGUGCCUCAUCUGGUUACACUCUUUUUCUUGUUUUUUUGAAUUCCCUUCAGGAGAUAGACUUCGGAACUGAUGGACGAAUAAUGUCGAUCCGUCCAAAAACUUGCUUGGAUGCACAACUAGAAGUUUCAAAUUCAUUGACUUGUGUUGAAACCGGCACUUAUUGAAAAUGUCUUGCCGAUUGGUUUCGUCGCA